AUGAACAUGUUGGACGUAGAAGAAGAUAGCUUUUACGUCACACGUGAAGGCUACUCCCAUCUGAGUGACUCAGAAUGGGAGAUAGUCGGCCGCAUGAGUGUGCUCAUGGGCGAACCCGCCAUCAGUGGUAUGUUGGAGUCUCUAGCAGAAACCAGCAACAUUCUGCUAUCAACAAGUUCCUACAAGGGGAUCUUGCCGUCGAAAGACGACAUGAUAGUACGUUAUUAUCGAGGUUAG